AUGAUUACUUACGUCGUGCGAUCUUCGUACGAUCACCAUACGAUCGUCAUACGAUCACCGUACGAUCUUCAUACGAUCACAGUACGAUCGUCAUACGAUCACCGCGAGGCUGUAAAGUGCUACACGUGUGUUGGGCUGGGCGGUCCGGAGAUUAAACACUCCACGCCCUGCCACUAUAACUACGCGCUCCUGGGCAUGCAGGACUGCCCGGACGGAUAUAACUUCUGUUACAUCCUGCAGAGCACACCCAGCGACUCUAGCAUCCCCCACGCCGUUGAUCGAGGCUGUGCGAAGGAGGCCAAGUCGUCGUAUUGCGUCAACAAAGAUUCCGCCCGUCACUGCUACUCCUGGUGCUUCGGGGACGGCUGUAACACCGCAACGGGAAUCAAACCCGCGACUCUUAGUACCACCAUAGGCUUCAUUGUAGCCGUGAUCUGUGUGUGGAUACGAGCGUAACUUGUGUGUUGGUACGAACGUAACCCUAACCUCUAUAGGACUUUCUUAUGGCUGUAUGCUAGCCUCCACCAGGCCUUCUUAACGCCUCAUGAACACUAGUAGUAGCACAUAGCCUCCACCAGGCCUUCCUAACGGCUCAUGAAUAGUAGCAUCCACUAGGCCUUCUUAAGGGGCAAUGGAUAGUAGCAUAAGGGGUUUUGGAUAGUAGCACAUAGCCUCCACCAGGCCUUCCUAAGGGGUUAUGGAUAGUAGCACAUAGCCUUCACCAGGCCUUCCUAAGGGGUUAUGGAUAGU